AUGGAUCUCGCCAAGGAUUUACGCGAUGAACUGAAAAGGAUUCGAGUAGAAGCAGAUACGUUUCCUGGAAUUUUCGAAGCUGCAAAGAAAAUUGCUGAAACUUUGGACAUUGAAAUCAAACACAAACAAAAAGUGAGCAGACAAAAAAAUCGAGCGAAUCCUGAUGUUCAGAGUGCAGAAGAAUACUUCCGUGUCACGGUCUUCAAUCCAUUUUUGGACUUCUACAUCAUGGAUCUUGGCGAGAGAUUUAUCGAUCACGAAAAAAUAUUAGAAGGGUUUUCGGCGCUCUUCAAGCAUGAUUUAUCUGAAAUCGACAAAGCAGCUGAGAAAUUUAUAGAAACUGUCGAGUUUUGUCAAAAAUUUCUUGAUUCUGGGCCGACUGCUGUUCUCAUCGAGUUGAAAAUGUGGAAGAAGUAUUUGAUCCGUAAAGGCGACAUCAAGCCUAACAAUUCGUUGAAAGCGCUGGAUGAUUGUCCAGAAGAGAAUUGCCCAAAUAUCAAUAUGUUGCUAAGAAUAUUAGCUACAUUGCCAGUAUCUACGUCUACUGCGGAACGAACAUUCUCAAGUUUGAAACGGAUAAAAACAAUUCAAAGGAACACGAUAAAAGAAGACCGCUUGAAUGGUUUGGCAGCUCUGGCAAUGCAUCGUGACAUUGGAAUCACAGCAGACGAAGUCAUUGAUGAAUUAGCAAAAAAUCUCGAAAGCUUGAAUUUCUUCUUCGAUAAGAGAAGGAAAAAUGUGACCAAUUUCUGUACACGACUGUGCAACGCGGAUUAUUAUCGCAGUGUAAAAUAAAACUUACAAAAAAACAGGAUAUUAUUCUGAGUCAUA